CGCUCAUUCGGUCCCGCGCGGGGAUUGGCCGCGUUGUCCGAAAGGUUGUCACGAGGGCGGCUGGAGGCGGGGCGAGAGCCGAAUUGGCGGCACUUUCCGAGUCACUCGGCGCCGCGGCAGGAGAGACGGGAAAAGGAGGCAGAAAUGGCGGGAAAAGGCCCCGGCGGCGGCGACUACGCGGAGGAGCGCGCGAAGGCGAAGGCGUUUCUGGAGGGCUUCUACCGGCAGAGCGACGGGAGGGAGGUCGGCCAGCGGAAAGAGCGCCCUUACCGCGACCAGCUGACCUCCUUGGCCCACCGGGAGCAAGUGGCCCUGUACGUGGACCUGGACGACGUGGCUGAAGAGGACCCGGAGCUGGUGGACUCUGUCUGCGAGAACACGAAGCGCUACGAGCGGAUCUUCGCCGAGGCCAUCUCGGAACUGCUGCCCCAGUUCCGGCAGCGGGAGGUCACCCACAAGGACGCCUUGGAUAUCUACAUUGAGCAUCGGUUGCUGAUGGAGGGGCACGGACGGGAGCCUGGCCAGCCCCAUGACCCCCAGAACCAGUUCCCGCCAGAGCUCAUGCGCCGCUUUGAGCUGUACUUCAAGGCACCAUCAAGUGCCAAGGCCCGGGUGAUCCGGGAAGUGAAGGCUGAUGCCAUUGGGAAGCUAGUGACCAUCCGGGGCAUUGUCACUCGGGUCUCUGAGGUGAAGCCACGGAUGGUGGUGGCCACCUACAGCUGUGACCAAUGUGGUGCAGAGACCUACCAGCCGAUACAGUCGCCCAGCUUCACUCCUCUGUUAACGUGUCCGAGCAGGGAGUGUCAGACCAACCGAGCUGGUGGCCGCCUCUAUCUACAGAGUCGAGGCUCCAAGUUCAUCAAGUAUCAGGAACUGAAGAUACAGGAGCACAGCGACCAGGUGCCAGUGGGAAACUUGCCCCGCUCCAUCAGCGUCAGCGUGCAAGGAGAGAACACGCGCCUUGUGCAGCCAGGCGAUCACGUCAGCGUCACUGGAGUCUUCCUUCCUGUGCGGCAGACCGGCUUCCGGCAGCUCCUGCAGGGUCUUCUCUCGGACACAUACCUGGAGGCUCACCACAUCGUCUGCGUUAGCAAGAGUGAGCAGGAGGAGCUGGGAGAAGGAGCGCUUACUGAAGAGGAGCUGCAUCAGGUUACAGAGGAGAACUUCUAUGACAAGCUGGCGGCCUCUAUUGCUCCCGAGAUCUAUGGCCAUGAGGACGUCAAGAAAGCUCUCCUCCUCCUGCUGGUGGGGGGAGUGGACCAGAACCCCCGGGGCAUGAAGAUCCGGGGGAACAUCAAUAUUUGCCUCAUGGGGGACCCUGGUGUGGCCAAGUCCCAGCUGCUCUCGUACAUCACCCGCCUGGCGCCACGCAGUCAGUACACAACAGGACGUGGUUCCUCUGGUGUGGGGCUGACGGCUGCUGUGUUGCGUGACCCACUGACGGGGGAGCUGACCUUGGAGGGAGGGGCGCUGGUGCUGGCUGACCAAGGCGUCUGCUGUAUCGACGAGUUUGAUAAGAUGCUGGAGUCAGACCGCACAGCCAUCCAUGAAGUGAUGGAGCAGCAAACGCUUUCCAUUGCCAAGGCUGGCAUCCUGACCACGCUGAAUGCCCGUUGUGCCAUCCUGGCAGCUGCCAAUCCCACCUAUGGCCGCUACAACCCCAAGCGCAGCCUGGAGCAGAAUAUCCACCUUCCUGCUGCUCUCCUCUCCCGCUUUGACUUGCUGUGGCUGAUUCAAGACAGGCCUGACCGCGACAGUGACCUCCGUCUUGCCCAGCACAUCACCUAUGUGCACCAGCACAGCCGGCAGCCACCCUGCCAGUUCCAGGAGCUUGACAUGCGUCUCAUGAGGCGAUACAUUGCCAUGUGCAAGCAGAAGCAGCCGGCUGUGCCUGAAUCGCUGGCAGAUUAUAUCACAGCAGCCUACGUGGAGAUGCGGAAGGAGGCCUUGUCCAACAAGGACACCACCUACACCUCGGCCCGCACCUUGUUGGGGAUCCUCCGUCUAGCCACAGCCCUGGCACGUCUGAGGCGUGUGAACUUGGUUGAGAAGGAGGAUGUGAAUGAGGCAAUGCGCCUCAUGGAGAUGUCCAAAGACUCCCUUCUGGCAGACAAGGGCAUGCCAAGCAGGACGCAGCGUCCCUCCGAGCUGAUCUUUGCAGCUAUCAGAGAGCUGGUCCCAGCCGGGGGCGCUCGCUCUGUCAACCUGGCUGAAGCUGAGCAGCGGUGUGUCUCAAAGGGCUUUACUCCCACCCAGUUCCAGGCCACUCUCAGUGAGUAUGAGGAACUCAACGUCUGGCAGGUGAACCAGAAGAAGACCCGCCUCACUUUUGUCUGAUCCAGGCUGGCCUGCAGGAGUGGCCUAUGUGGUACCCACUGCUUGCCUCAGAGGCUGGCAUAGGUUGCCUCCUACUAUCGCCUCUUUCAAGACUGGUAUUUUCUCCUAAUAAAGUAAUUAAUUUGUA